AUGCAGCGCCAGCAUAACAUCCUAGAUGAGGCCCGUGCGCGAGAAGCUGCAAGAGCCUCAAGAGCAGAGGCCGAAGCGGAACGGGCAAGAUCGGAAGCGGCAGCGGCUGGAGCCGCGGGUGGCUCCGUCAAUGAGGGCUGGCAGACCGUGAACUAUGCGAGAGCGCUGAAACGGGCCCCUAAGGCACCACCCCUGAACAUUCCCCCCCACCCGCUGCAACUUUGGCAAUAUACCCGGCUGAAGGCAGCGAACUCAAAUCUGCGGAGGAAACGAAACUGGCGCUGA